AUGGUUGAUCUAAAUUCAGGUUCAAUUAAUAAUUGUCUAGGAUGUUAAGAAAUAUGUAAUGAUGAUGAUUGUUAAAUAUAUAAAUAUACUAAUUUUGGUCAAUUAAUCAUAAUUAGUUGUAAGCCAAGUAAUCUAUAUUUAAGUAAUAAAUAUAGAUUAUUACUUUAAAAAUGGAGAGUGUUUAUAAUGUGAUUAAUUUUGUAGUAUAUGUUCAAAUAAUGUGUGUCUUUAAUGUUUGUCAAAUUAUUAUUUCAAUUGUAUCCUUCAGUAAUGUUUGAUGAAUACUAAAUUAAAAUAAUAAUGUGGAUAUAAUUGUUUAAAAUGUAUCUACAAAGUUAAUUAGAAUAGAUGUUUAAAAUGUAUAAAUAAUUAUAAGAUAUCUGAUGAUGGAUAUAAUUGUGAAAGUUUUGAAAUACCUAACUGUUUAACUGAAUAUAAUAAAUAAGGAAUUAGAUCAACCAUUCCUUAUUUAUUUGAUCCUUUAACUGAAAUUAUCACUGAACAAUUUUUGUAGUCAUUGUUCAACUAAUAAUUAAAUUAUGUAAAACAGAAGAUUCUUCUAAUUGUAUUUAUAGUAUUAUAUUGA